GGACCCCGCGGCGAGAUGGGCCGCCUCGCGUGGCUGUCGAUCAGUCUGGCGGUGCUCCUGGCGUCGGCGGACGGCCAAUGGCUGCAGCAGUACCUUCCGGACAUGGAGACGAUCUCGAUCAUCGGCGACCUGGCGUCGAUGACGUCGGGCAUGAUGGACUUCCUGCAGCAGGGCCAGGAGUACCAGACGAAGGAGCCGGCGGACGCGACGCCCUUGCCCUUCUCGGAAUACGACUUCGUGAUCGUCGGGGCAGGCAGCGCGGGGGCGGCCCUGGCCGGCAGGCUGUCGGAGAUCCCUGAUGCGACCGUGCUGCUGGUGGAGGCGGGUCGGGGCGAGAGCCUCAUCAUGGACGUGCCCUUGCUGGUCAACUACCUGCAGCUGAACUCCGAGAUCAACUGGAAGUACCAGUCGGAGCCGUCCGACCGCUACUGCCUGGGGAUGACGAACUACAGCUGCCAGUGGCCGAGGGGCAAGGUGAUGGGCGGCAGCAGCGUCCUGAACUACAUGAUCGCCUCCAGGGGCACCUCCGAGGACUACGACCGCUGGGCCAAGAUGGGGAACAAGGGCUGGGCCUACGAGGACGUUCUGCCGUACUUCCGGAAGCUGGAGGACAUAGAGAUCGAGGAGCUGAAGAAGGAUUCCAGGCACCACGGGGUCGGGGGUCCGCAGAAGGUGUCCUCCGUGCCGUACAGGACGCCCCUGGCCACGGCGUUCGUCGAGGCGGGUCGGGAGCUGGGGUAUCGGACGAUAGACUACAACGCCGAGGAGCUGGGCUUCUCGUUUCUGCAGACCACCCUGCACCGCGGGACCAGGAUGAGCAGUAGCACCGCCUACCUCCAUCCCGCGAGGGAUCGGCCCAACCUCGUCGUCUCCAAGAGGAGCCUCGUCACCAAGGUGCUGAUCGACCCGGAGAAGAAGGAGGCCUACGGGGUGGAGUUCGUCAAGGACCGGGUCAAGUUCGUCGCCACCGCCCGGAAGGAGGUGAUCCUGUGCGCCGGGGCGAUCGGGUCGGCCCAGCUGCUGAUGCUCUCGGGGGUGGGGCCCGCCGCGCACCUGAAGGAGCACGGCAUCCCCGUCCUGGUGGACGCGCCCGUGGGCGAGAACCUGAUGGACCACAUAGCUUUCGGCGGAACGAUCUUCACCGUCGACGAGCCCGUCGCCCUGCUCGCCACGGACAUCGUCAACCCCGCCAAUCCCUAUAUCAGGGAGUACCUGACGAGGCGCGACGGCCCCAUCACCAUCCCCGGAGGCUGCGAGGCCCUGGCCUUUGUGAACCUCGGCAGUCCGAGUAGUCGGGGCCACGCGGACAUCGAGCUCCUCUUCGCCAGCGGAUCCAUCGUCUCCGACCCCGCCUUCAGGUACACCCUGGGGCUCAGCGACGAGCUCUGGUACAAGACGUACUACGAGAUCGAGGGCAAGUACUCCUGGUGCAUCUUCCCCCUGCUGAUGAAGCCCAAGAGUCGCGGCCGGCUGCUCCUCCGGGACGGCGACGUCAACUCCAAGCCCAGGCUCUACGCCAACUACAUGGACCAUCCCGAGGACGUGAAGACGCUCGUCACGGGCAUCAGGGCCUCCAUCGCCGUCGCCGAGACCAAGGCCAUGCGGAAGUUUGGCUCCAAGAUCCACGCCACGCCCGUGGCCGGCUGCGAGGGUCAUCCCUUCGACUCGGACGCCUACUGGGAGUGCGCCGUCCGCACCUUCCCCUUCACCAUCUACCACUAUUCCGGCACCUGCAAGAUGGCGCCCCCCGAGGACCCCUCGGCCGUCGUGGAUCCGUCUCUUCGGGUCAUCGGAAUCAAGAGGCUGCGCGUGGCGGACGCCUCGAUAAUGCCGGAAAUCGUCACCGGCCACACCAGUCUCCCGUGCAUCAUGAUCGCCGAGAAGUUGGCAGAUAUGCUCAAGGACACCUGGGGAUACCCGAGAUAAUCGCGCCGUACGUGUGAAUUCGCAAGGAGCUCGGCUUUUUGUUAAACAAACAACGUCCAGGCGCAUAAUAUCGGCCGAUCUGCGGUCCCUCUUGUCGACGCAAACACUCGGCCGGGACGCUCGUCAAUUGUCACGCACCACCUCGAGGAGCACUCGUGACCACUUUCCGGCCCUUUCCCCUCUCAAAUCACAUUUUUCCGAGAUGUUUUAUCGAACGAAUAAUCGCAGCCAUGAUCCAGAUGCGUAAUAUCGGUCGAUCGUUAAGUACCGGAUCGUGGGCGUGCGAGUUCUGCGGCUCGUGCCGUCAACUUGUUAUUUUAACUUUCAAACGACUUCUUUUUCUCGUAAGGAAUUGUCUGAUAAGGAAACAAUCGCAAAGACGUCCAAAAUCGGUCGAUCGUAUCGUAUCGUAUUUCGCGUUCCAAAGAAAUCAAAUUUUCUUUUUAACCCGAUAUUUCACUUUUUCCGUUUCAUCGGAAACGCUAACGCGGUAUUUGGGGUUAUUCGUCGAAAUCUAUUACGUCCCGGGUAAGUGCAGCGCACCUCGACAUGUAAUAUACUGUAUCAUAAUAAUUUCAAUUCCUUAGAUAAGGCGAUAGGAAUAAGUCGAAUUUUACCCGGAAGUGGCGGAUAAUCCGUGCAAAAAUCGAGUACCUGGUAGAAGCGUUUAUAUACCGACAUCCAGAGUGCACCGAGAAAAAAAAAAUAUGUCAUCGAACCAAGGAAAUAUUCCGUUAAAUCAAAGAAUAAUUAUUUACCUCGAAUAAACUCGAAUAAAUAGGAUGCGACAUUGUUUCGGAAACUUGACUAUUCGAAUCAAAUAACAAUUCUUGGAAUUAACAGAAUAUUUCUUUGAUUCGAUGACUUCUUUUCUCAGGGCGCGAAAACCCUCUCGAUGUCUCGGAGGAUGUUAUCAGAAUUUUGUCCUUAAUUGGAACGUCUUACGUAAAAUCAUUCGGAGACUGGGCGAGGCGAUGGAGAAGCGAUUUGUACCUUUUUUGAAAGAUGCGCCAUUCGCCAAAUUUCCCGGAACCUUCUAGGUUCUUGCUCUAAUUUAUUCGGAUAGAAUAUGUACAUAGAGGUUACGUUAAAUAACGUAUCGAGAAAGAAAAUGAAAAUCCUUCCUUUCCACGUAAAAAUUCCGCAGCGAUAAUUCGGGAAUGUUUUGCGAUUCGUUAUUAAUAAAACGUCUUAAUCGACUCAUCGUGCCGCCA